CUCUGACGGUAACGCAGUUGUUUUGAGGCUGAGCCGCGCAUGCGCACAGAUGCGCUGUAGCUCUGACGCCGCUCACUUCCGGUCAAGAUGGCGGCGCAGCGCAGUAGUCUGAUGCAGAGCCAUCAGAGCUGGACGGACGAUCUUCCUCUGUGUCAGCUGUGUGGCGUCGGUUCGGCCCCCAACUGUGUGUACGGCCCCGAUGGGAAAGGGACCCAGAGCCAUCCGAACGAAGACGGACACUUCUGCUUCAGCACUGAUUGCUGCUUCCUCUACGGCGUGUUUAACGGCUACGACGGCAGCCGCGUGGCCAGUUUCGUGUCUCAGCGUCUGACGGCGGAGCUGUUGCUGGGUCAGCUGAGCACCGGUCACACGGACGCAGACGUGCACAGAAUCCUCUCACAGGCUUUUGAUGUUGUAGAGAAGAGCUACUUUGAGACCAUUGAUGAUGCUCUCGCUGAGAAAGCAAACCUCCAAACACAGCUUCCUGAGGGCGUCUAUCCAUCAGCUCAGACUCAGAAGAUUGCAGAGCGGCUGAAGGCUUUAGAGCAGGAGGUUUCAGGAGGAGCCACUGCUAUAGUCGCUCUGAUACUCAAUGAUAAACUCUACAUCGCUAAUGUCGGAACCAACCGGGCUCUUCUCUGUAAGACCACCAGUGACGGUCAGAACCAGGUAAUCCAGAUCGGACGAGCGCACACAACCGACAACGACGACGAACUGUCCAGACUCGCCCAGCUGGGUCUGGAUCCGGUGCGCUUGAGGCAGACUGGACUGAUCUCAGGUCAGAGCAGCACUCGACGGAUCGGAGACUAUAAAGUCAAAUUCUACCACACAGACAUCGACGUGCUCAGUGCAGCGAAGCAAAAGCCAAUCAUCUCGGAGCCUGAGAUCCACGGCGGCCAAUCGCUGGAGGGCGUGACGGGCUUCCUGUUGCUGAUGUCAGAGGGGCUGAUAAAAGCCCUGGAGUCGGCCCACGGACCGGAGCAGGUCAACCAGGAGAUCGUUGCCAUGGUAGCGGCGGAGCUGGCGCAGCAGAGCAGUCUGGAGGCGGCUGCGCAGUCGGUGGUGGAGCGCGUCAAGCGUCUGCAUCACGACGCAUACGUGAGCGGCAGACAGAGGGCGCCACACUGCGGCAGACAUGAAGACAUGACGCUUCUGAUCAGAGUCGUUAACUACACACUCGCAGACGGCUCACUCACACCCACACAAGGAGGACGGAUCUACCCGGUGUCUGUGCCGUACUCUAACCAUCAGAGCACCAGUAAGACUAGUGUCAUGCUGUCUCUGGUCAUGCCGGCGCAGGGGACGCUGACCAACGGCUCCAACACCGCGUCCACGCUGGAGGGAGACACGCCGACCGCCGGUCAGAGUCCCACAGCGACGCUGCAGUCGACCAACACACACACACAGAGCUCCAGCUCCAGCUCCGGAGACGGCAGCCUGUUCCGGCAGAGAGGCAGUCAGGCGGCGCAGCCGGACGAGACGGGACGCGUGCCUCCAUACGUCGACUUCACACAGUUCUACCGGCUCUGGGGCUCCGACCACAGCGAGGGCCAGGGUCUGUCUGGAGAUCUGGGGCCGCAGUGAGGAUCAGGUGAAACUCAAUAUCAUUCCAUCUGUGACAACAAUCUCCUUAAACUGUAAUCAUGGAUAGAGGAGCUCCACUGACUGUAUCUAAGGGAAACUCACCGGAGCGUCCAGCAUCAUGUUGAUAAGACUUCACACUCACGUUUCUCUGAGCUCCUUUCUUCCUGCUUCUGUGGAGUUUGACGUCUCUGUAAGACCAAAGUGAGAUCAGACCUGCAGAGCUGCAUAUAUACGUCCGUCUGUCUGCGUUUUCUGUGUUCAAGUUUUUAGUGUCUUUCUUUAAUAAACAGCUCUUGUUUCAGCUCCA